CACAGAACGGAAAAACUCCCAUGGAUCUUAGCAACAGAACGGUCGUGCAGGUGGUGGUGUUGGCGUUGGUAGCGCAGGUCACGCUCUCUCAGCACUGGUCGUAUGGCUGGCUACCUGGAGGGAAGAGAAGUGUUGGGGAGCUGGAGGCCACCAUCAAGAUGAUGGACACAGGAGGUGUAGUGGCUCUUCCUGAGGAGACAAGUGCACAUGUCUCAGAGAGACUGAGACCAUAUGAUGUAAUAUUGAAGAAAUGGAUGCCUCAUAAAUAAACAACUGAGACCAUUAUUCAGAAAAGAAGCGAGAAGACAACAUCAAGCAGACAUACAGCAUCACUAUCAACAUCAAGCAGACAUACAGCAUCACUAUCAACAUCAAGCAGACAUACAGCAUCACUAUCAAUAUCAAGCAGACAUACAGCAUCACUAUCAACAUCAAGCAGACAUACAGCAUCACUAUCAAUAUCAAGCAGACAUACAGCAUCACUAUCAACAUCAAGCAGACAUACAGCAUCACUAUCAACAUCAAUGAUGGAGCAUUCAACUACAGUUCUGUCCAUAUCCA